GAUUCGUCCCAAUUAGCAGCAAGUUGGCAGACAACCCCACAAACCCACGAAGCCUUCGGUCCGCCACAAGUCACAUUCUCUAUAUUUCAAAAUAAUCUGAUUGUAAGGAAACUUCAACUCCCGUGGUAGGUUACAGAAGGACCGACUCAGCACCACUGUCUUCCAGUUACACUACACAGAAGAAACCCAGUGAUCCUCAACUGCAGAGCUCUACCUACAUCUCUGAAUUCGGCCGGCGGGGAGAAGCGAGUGGGCCCAGCGGAGAGCCCCCUGGAGGAGGGGCGGGAUGGCGUAUAGAGCAGUAGGAUGGAAGUGGAUUAUUGUGGGACUGCACAAACGCAAACCCAUAAGAGGAGUUUUGCCAGGAACACCACCUCCUGCAUUGCGUCGGACCUGACCAUUUCCAAUGUGAAAUUCCCGGGGAAGGUCGCGCGCGGCUAGGGGCCCUGCGUGGGUGGGGCUGUGGGCCGCAAGGGAAGUAAGAGUCGGUGGUCGGUUUUUCUGGUAGGUGAGGGAAGAGCUGUGCUGGCAAGGGUGGGAACUGAAUGACAACCCCCUCUCUGCCAAACCACCCCCUCAUAUUUUCCAUCUACCUCCUCGCUCCUGCCCUCCCCCGCCCUCCCCAACCCACGCCCGGGUGGGCCAAUCGCUGCUCCGCAUUCCAGGCGCUUUCUCAGGUUUCUGCUGAUCUUGCAGCGCCCAGAAAUGGACCGAGCGGACCCGCCGCCGCACGCACCCUGCCCCAUUCGGAGCUCCUAAAGGCUCCUGGCGCGUCGUGUAGCCUCGGAGAGGUCCGCACUGUGGUGCGGAGAGCAGAGGGGACCGGAAAGCCAUGUAGAUCCAGGCUUUUGCCCGCCCGCCUCCUUCGGGAUCGAAUCAAGGGCUCCCAUAGUGUUAGGAGGGGGCGAGUGCUGUUUAUCGUCAUUUGCUUCGGAGAUUGAAGAGAGGGUGGCAGUUUUGCUUUUCAGCCCCGCAUUCUCCGGAAUCCCUGCACGGGAGGCAGGACAGUAUCUCCAGGUUGCUGGCAUUGGGUGAGAAUGGGGGUAGAGGAUGGACAUUUCCGCGGUAGCUGCUCAGUAAAGCGAUUGUCCAACUGAGAGGGACACUGGACCAGCGGACCCACCAAGGGGGCGAGUUGCCCUGCACCUCUCAGAUGCUGCUGCAGCUACCGCCACUGCUCGCGCCCCGGUACUGCAAAGGCGACCUGCCGCAUUCCGACUCGGGCUCUCCGCCGGCUCAGCACCGCCCCUGCGCCAAGCCGGCCGGCCAGCGUCCAUCGAUCGCCCUGGUGGGAGCUUAGAAGGCGGCAGGCGAAGAGGGGUAGGAGGGGGUAGAGCCAAGGAGCAGCAGAGGGGGUGGAAGGCGUGGGGAUCUGCUGAGCUGGCACUGCACCCGGUCCUAGGAGGGCUCACGGAGGGGAGGGGAGGCCAGGGCGAAUCCCCGAAGCGAUGGCCCGGUCUGCUAGAACAGCACUGCGUUAAGGCACCUUGGAUCAGGAAGAAAUACUAAAAUCACCCGCCCCCCACCCCCGCUCACCCCAAGCAAAACCAGAGCGCAAUCCCCAAACCCAACCCUUGAAAAAAAAAAAAAAAAAAAAAAAAAAGCUGCACUGGGACCCGCAGGAAAGGGGGAUUCCAAAUUGAGUACAAGGCAGGGUGGAGGGGAAGGUAAUAGCAAGUGAAGUUGCGGAUCUCCGGACCUGCUGGCUUCGAAACCCCUCCCCCUGAGCGUGGGGGAGACGCACUCUCCGGUGGGGGGGGCGCUUGGGUCCCCCCCACCCCUCUUCCCUCGCUCUUUCUCAUCCCGGGCUCUCUGCUGGCCUCGCAUCUCUGCGCCGGGCUUCCACCAUGACGGUGAUGUCGGGGGACAACGUGGACGAAGCUUCGGCCGCCCCGGGCCACCCCCAGGAUGGCAGCUAUCCCCGGCAAGCCGAGCACGAUGACCACGAGUGCUGUGAACGCGUGGUGAUCAACAUCUCCGGGCUGCGCUUCGAGACGCAGCUCAAGACCUUGGCGCAGUUUCCCAACACGCUGCUGGGCAACCCGAAGAAACGCAUGCGUUACUUCGACCCCCUGAGAAACGAGUACUUCUUUGACCGCAACCGACCCAGCUUCGAUGCCAUCCUGUACUACUACCAGUCGGGGGGCCGCCUGCGGAGGCCAGUCAACGUGCCCCUGGACAUGUUCUCUGAGGAGAUCAAAUUUUACGAGUUGGGCGAGGAGGCUAUGGAGAAGUUCCGAGAGGACGAGGGCUUCAUCAAGGAAGAGGAGCGCCCCCUGCCCGAGAAGGAAUAUCAACGCCAGGUGUGGCUGCUCUUUGAGUAUCCCGAGAGCUCGGGGCCAGCCCGGGUCAUCGCUAUAGUCUCGGUCAUGGUCAUCCUCAUCUCCAUUGUCAUCUUUUGCCUGGAGACUCUCCCCGAGCUGAAGGAUGAAAAGGACUUCACGGGCACCAUCCACCGCAUCGACAACACCACGGUUACCUACAAUUCCAACAUCUUCACAGAUCCCUUCUUCAUCGUAGAAACCCUGUGCAUUAUCUGGUUCUCCUUUGAGCUGGUGGUGCGCUUCUUCGCCUGCCCCAGCAAGACAGACUUCUUUAAAAACAUCAUGAACUUCAUCGACAUUGUGGCCAUCAUCCCUUAUUUCAUCACCCUAGGUACCGAGAUAGCUGAGCAGGAGGGAAAUCAGAAGGGUGAGCAGGCCACUUCGCUGGCCAUCCUCAGGGUCAUCCGGUUGGUAAGGGUUUUUAGAAUCUUCAAACUCUCCCGUCACUCUAAGGGCCUCCAAAUCCUGGGCCAGACCCUCAAAGCUAGUAUGAGAGAGCUAGGGCUGCUCAUCUUUUUCCUCUUUAUUGGGGUCAUAUUGUUUUCUAGUGCAGUGUACUUUGCCGAGGCGGAAGAAGCUGAGUCGCACUUCUCCAGUAUCCCCGAUGCUUUCUGGUGGGCGGUGGUGUCCAUGACCACUGUAGGAUACGGUGACAUGUACCCUGUGACAAUUGGAGGCAAGAUCGUGGGCUCCUUGUGUGCCAUCGCUGGUGUGCUGACAAUUGCCCUGCCCGUACCUGUCAUUGUGUCCAAUUUCAACUAUUUCUACCACCGAGAAACUGAGGGGGAAGAGCAGGCUCAGUUGCUCCAUGUUAGUUCCCCUAACUUAGCCUCUGACAGUGACCUCAGUCGCCGCAGUUCCUCCACCAUCAGCAAGUCUGAGUACAUGGAGAUCGAAGAGGAUAUGAAUAAUAGCAUAGCCCACUAUAGACAGGCCAAUAUCAGAACUGGCAAUUGCACCACAGCUAAUCAAAACUGCGUUAAUAAGAGCAAGCUACUGACCGAUGUUUAAACAAACAAACAAACAAAAAAGUCAGCCAACAAAAAAGCCCCACUCAAAAGACUUAAAGAAACAAAACAAAACCCUAGUGACUCUGUCACACUUUGUAGAUACUUUACUGAAUAGUCUUUGAAUGCUCUAAUUGUCAAUGCAUUGUUGCAUUGUGGAUUUUGGGCGUGAUGAACUGAAGCUUUCAAGACCCAUGGAGGGGGGAAACCUAUUUUCAUUUUAUUUAAAAAAUGGGAAAAGGAAGAAUAUUUUCUAAAACUGGCUUUAAAAUUUCAGUUCAUGAAUUAGUCCAGGUAAAAUAAGAUUCAUAUGCUUUCCCAUUCUGAAACAUUUCUAAUUCUUUGGCUUCUUUAAUUUUUUUUAAAAUUAAAAACCAGAUGAUCACUUAGAAAUAUAAAAUUAAAACUUGCAUGGGACUCCAAUAUAAAAUCUUUGCAAACUGCACAGUACUUUUAAGACAGUGCAUCAGAUGUAUUAUAUGUAACAUGACAUACCAGCCUCAUGGGCAAAGAACAAAUGUUUUUAUUUUGGUCGACUGAACUGCAUACUACAAGGCGAACAAAACCAAAACUACUUAAGACUGGUUCACAAAGCACCUAUUAUAAAUCUGAUACUGGUCCUGAUUGGUAGGGAUUUUCCCUCUGCCCCAUUCUUCCUCUAACCCAGACUAUUCUCUAAGAAAAGGAUAACUGAGUUAAAUUAAUUGAUUCAUCUGCAGUGCUGCUAAGUUUUCUCAAGUGCAGAUGAGCGCCAAAUACAGGUCAUUUCUCACCAGUCCUGCACCUUGACCCCUGACCUUCAGAACUGGAUAUAAAACUUUAGCCUCCUUUUUGCAAGAGAGCACAAAUGGAGUUAAAUGUAAGCAUGUUUGAAUCUGAUAACAUUUAUUUUAUUAUCGCAUGCUAAGAACGUUAACCCAGAUGAUAGGGAAUAAGCUUACGUUGAAAUUGACUCUUCUAAAAAUAGAUUAUUUUUCAUUUGCAUUCACCAAAAGUGCACUCCUUCAUUUAUUAACAAUUUUAUUAGUAAAUAAAGUACUGUAUUUAAGUGCAUAUGUUAGUCAGAUGGGAACAACCAACUUUUCGGAGCUCAAAGCAUGUUCUCUUAUUCAGCAUUAUGGCCUAUUUGAUUAAGAUGUACCUUAAAUUAGUUAAUGCAUGAUUUCAGUAAUAAAAAUUUUAAAAAAUAAAAAUUACAAGUCUGUGGGAUGAAAGGCCCAAAAGAAAUAAUGGGGGGUGGGGGUGGGGGAUACUCAGUCAAUUUUCCUGCCUUUGCUCAGGGAAAUGUCAGGUUUCUGUGUAGGUGUAGGCAGAGAGAGGACCAAUAUGCCCAUCCCUUUAAAGGGCAACUAUAUGGAAAACUAAAAUAAGUCAUCAAGGUAUAUAUAGUGAUACCUAAGAACAAGUAUUCUUUCUAGCUGAAGAUAAACACAAGCAAAACAAAAACAAACAAAAAAGGUGCAAUAUUGCAUGUUUUUGGUGCAUUCUUAGGAUGUAAAUGAUAAUGUUUAUCUAUUGUAUGCAUCCAAAGCAGAGCUGAUUUCUUUUUGCAGUCAUGAUUUGAAGUCUGCAGAGACUUCAGCCCUCCCCUUGAGGCUCCCUGAAGAAACUCAACCAAUUGAUUUAAUAGUUGCUUAGUGCCUUUAUCCUGUACCCACAGUGAACUGCAGAAAGUGCCUCCAUAACACAGCUGAGAAGUUACAUAACAGAAGGGAGGAGGGGUUGGGGCACAGAUAUUUUGCUUUUUGUUUUGUUUUGUUUUGUUUUUGUUUUUCCAUCCUCACUCUCACUUCACCACUGUGAGAAGACCGCGCUACCCUAAACUCUGGAGAGGAAAGAUCCAGGAGAGUGCUGUCUCACUGGUCAUCACUGGACUCGGCCCCUUUGGCAGCCUGACUCUGGACAGGAACUGAGACCCAUCUUUGAACCGGACGUGAACCGUGAACUUUUUUUUCCCUCUUCUCCACCAGAAGCCAAGAUAAACUCUUUGGAAAUUUGUUUCCUAUGGAGGGCCUCUCCGGACAUGCAGUUUCCUAGGUCCAAUGUAGUGUUCCUGGUACAUUUCCUUACUCUUUCUCAGUUAGCUACAGCACUUUGCAAAUCUCUGAUAGCCUGAUUUUUUUCAGGCAUCACUGUGGAACACUGGGUUCACCAGGACCUUUCCUAGGCCUUCCCUCCUGACCCACCCACCCUCUUUUGAUGUUUCCUGUGAUGCUCCUUUGAUCAUCCCACCUGGCAGUCACUUUCACAGGCUGAGCAUCUACCUUCUGCUGCCCCAGUCACCCAGCUAAAAGAACAGUGGGGACCUCAUGCCCAGCUGACAGAGAGCCACUUAACAUAGGCCUCUGGAGCCCGGCAGCUGUCCACCAGUGGAGAGGCACUCAGCCUUUAUAAGGACACCAAAGUGGGGAAUCAUCAUUCUGCACUUAGCAUGUGGCUGCCUGCUGCUGACCGCCUUACAUUCCUGCCCAGCUUCUUCUGGAAUCUUCCCUGUGACUUCUAUCCUUUUCCCCCCAUCCUGUCCUCAGACUAGCAGCGAGGCAAUCAACAAGAAACCAGAGCGGCACCCAGGCUGGCUGACUCGAUUGAAAGAAAGAAUAUGGAUAUUAGAUUUCCCUGUGCAACUUUUAUUUCCCUGUAAGAUGAACACAACACACAUCCUGGAAGAUGAGGGGCCUAGAACUACACAGCCUCUGACUACAGGGCAUUAAACCUUCCCCUGUGAUGUAUUCUCUGCAUUUGAACCUUAACUCAUCCUGACUAUCCAUCUCUUUCGUCUUUGCUUAAAAGCCCCCAGUUGAUGAAAAAGAAAUGCCAACUGCUUCCCCAAUCCCUGGGGAUCUCUUGAUUUUUAUUUUGACUUUGAGGUCUAGGACACAACAGAACUCAGAACGCUGCAUUCUGUCAACAGCAAUAAUCCACUAAGUACUAUGGAAUGGAUGGGUUAAGGAUGAGAAAAAGGGACCAAGACUCAUGAGACUGUCUCUGGCUACUUGGUAUACCUCUCACAGUUAUACCUUGGACUGGCUGAUUCUUCUGCAUGUGUUACAGGGAAAAGUGCUGCAUGUGGUGAACCUGUCAGCCUGGGAUUAGGGAUGAGCUGUUGUUAUGAAUUUGGGGUGGUAUGGGAAAAAAUGUAUGCUGCUUAUCCAUCUUAGCUCAUUGCAUUGAAUUCAGUGAGAACAGUGUACAGGGAUUAUCUGUGUAGCAUAGGCAUGCAACGUUUGACAAAGCUCUUCCCCCACCUCCCUUGCACUGUAAUGUGCUGAAAUGUCUUUGUAGACCUGAAGGUGCACUUAACAAAACUGCCUAGCAGGGAAUGACUAUCAUUUGGCUUCUUUAUUGUAUUUACUUUAUCAGACUUCUUGCCUUUUCGUCCCCUUCUUAGGGACUGAGCUUUGGUAUCUCAAGCCCUGAACACUUGUUUCCUCCAGGAAGAGGAAACUUCUGAAAUGCUGAUAGCCAUAGCUCAGCUCUUCCAGUAUGUGGGGGCCCUAGUUCAAUAGGGUGGCAGUGGAAGGGUUUGGUCGUACCAGGGCUGUUAGCCAUCCCAGAAUCUCUGAAGUGGUUAACUCACUUCAAGUGAUCUGAACCAGAGAGACCAAAGACAUUAACUUCCUCUGUCCUCAGAUUUCUAGAAGGCAGAUUAGAGUCAGGAAAGGUUUUUGUUUCUGCUUACCCCUUCUUCCCCAUCUGUGCAUAACCCCCCUGGCUCCCCCUUUGAGACUCGGGUUCUGAUGAUGAGUUCAACCAGUUCACUGGGAGUGUGUUAGUGGGUUAGCCCAGAAAAAUCAGACAAACCAACAGCAAGCUUUUUUCCUCAUGGUGGCUGUUGGCAGUUAUUUCUUGAAAAUGAAAUCUUUUAGAAAUGAAAAGCCACUAAUAGUGAAACUAAAGCACAAGGGACAGCACAAUCUUGAUUCGCUUGAGAAUUAAAGAAAAUACAUGUAAGUGGUAAAUGAGGAGUAGAUUUCUCUAAGUAGAAACUUAGUUUUGUCCAAUAAGAGCCUUCUUCAUGUUUGUGUAUAGUUAACAAAAUUUUCAACAAUUUGUUGACAUCUAAAGAGUCAGUAAUAAUAGUUUCUAACCCUCCCAUUUAACAUAGGAGACCUCAAAACAUAUGCUUUCUAAGCAGAUUUUUAAAAUUUUAAUUCUUUGUUUGCUAGAUCAGCUUGAACAGAAAGGAGAAAAGGGAACAUCAGCAGGAAGCAGUUCUCCAUUUUCUUCCAGGAAUGACUUAUUCCUGGGAGUGGUGGGAAUUGGUGGGUGGUAACCAUUCAUAGCAUAAAAUUGCUAGAAAGAAUAUAAACUGCCAAACAGCCACUUUAUCUUCUGGCUUUUUCCAAGCCAGAGUGGAAUCUUUUGAUGUUCAUGUUCAUUUUAAGAAGACAAAUAAACAAACUAAAAAUUGAAGUCCAGACACCACCCAAGCUGAAUUGCUAUCUUGGGAGGCGGCCUCUUGCCUGCCGCUCGCUACGUUAGCACUUGUACCUAUAUCAUGGAAUUUCAGGGUAUAUGUGAACCUGUCCAGCAUGACUCAGGUAAAUCUUAAAAGAAUGUACAUUACUUAUCACUUUGUAAAGAAGUAAACAGGGGCUGAAUUGUUAACCAAAACUGUCCCAUUUCUUGGGUCACUGUGCAAACUCAUUCAGGGUAUUGAUGUCAGGUUAGAAGCCUUGGGAUCAAAUGCCAGUCUCUUUGCUCAGGCAAAAUGACCACAAACUUUCUGGGAAAGUCUAGGGUGUUUGUAAAGGGUGAGGCCCUGCUGACCUCAGGACUAUUAGCUUUAAGGAGAUUAACCCUAGUCACAGUGAUUUUCAUUUAGGAGCUAACUAGGAGUUUACUUUUAUGAUGUGAAACUUCAAGGAGUCUAGAAAAGUUUUGUACCCCAAUCAGAGGAGAAGAAGAAGAAAUGGUGUCAGGAACAAAACACACAAAACAAAACAAGAAAACCCUCGAAGAAUAUUCCAGGUCAAAAGUUAUCUCCUCUCCAAAACUUCAGGAAGCCCCUUUCUACUCUCCAGUGCACUGUUUUGGGACCUUUUAUGCUGCUGUAAGUAGACUACAUGGAAUCUCUUCAUGGACAUACCUCUAGUAUUAAAGAAUUUUGGAGGUUAAAAAUUAAGUCUUAUUAAUUUGAAGUGCACCAUCAGGACAACAAACCAUUUAAGCUGAAAAACUCUAUUUUAUUUCUUGAAUUUGCCAAUUGCUUACCCCUUGAGUUAAGGAUGUGUGUCUAACCCACUGUGCAUCUUCCUUGCCCUAACUGUUUAACACGUCAGGUAGAGGACAUUGAAUGUUUGAAUUGAGAACCUAAUUGAUGCGCAUAGUUUUCAUCUAUGCAAUUUUACUUGCUUCUGUCACUUUACGAUCUGUUCAUAUUUGGCAUUAAUUAAAGAUAAUUUUUAAGGAUCUUAUCAUGAA